CCGGCGCGUCCCCCCGGAAGCUCGCUCCGCGCUCCCUCCGUUCCGCCCCCCUCCGCGUUCCGCCCGCCGCCAUGGCGGAGCCGCCGCCGCCCGCCGAGCCGGCGGGGAGGGAGCCGCGGGACCGCCUGGGCCUCUGGGACCGCCGCCCGCAGCCCCGCGCCCCGCUCAGCGACCGCCAGACGGACUCCGUGCUCGAGCUGAAGGCGGCGGCCGAGGACCUGCCCGUGCCGCCCGAGCUUCCAAUCGAAGAUUUAUGCAGCCUAACAUCCCAGUCUCUAAGCGUCGCGCUGACGGCUGCGGUGCCAGAAUCCACAGAGGAUGUUCUCCUGAAAGGAUUUGCCAUGCUGGGGAUGGAGAAUGAAAGAAUUGAAACAGCACAGCAGUUCUUCUCGUGGUUCGCUCAGCUACAGACACAGAUGGAUCAAGAUGAAAGUGCCAAGUAUAGGCAGAUGAGGGAUUACUUGUCUGGGUUUGAGGAGCAGUGUGAUACUAUACUGAACGACGUGAAUAGUGCCCUUCAGCACCUGGAGUCACUGCAAAAACAGUAUCUCUUUGUGUCCACGAAGACAGGAACGCUGCACGAGGCCUGUGAACAGCUUCUGAAAGAGCAGUCAGAACUCGUUGACCUGGCUGAAAACAUCCAGCAGAAACUUUCUUAUUUUAAUGAGCUGGAAAACAUCAACACAAAACUGAAUUCCCCCACGUUGUCUGUGAACAGUGAAGGAUUCAUUCCCAUGCUGGCUAAGCUUGAUGAUUGUAUUGCAUAUAUUUCAUCACAUCCAAAUUUUAAAGACUAUCCUGUAUAUUUGACCAAGUUUAAACAAUGCCUUUCUAAAGCUAUGCACCUUAUCAAGACGUACACUGUGAACACACUACAGAACCUCACAAGCCAGUUGAUGAAAAGGGAUCCUUCAUCUGUGCCAAAUUCUGACAAUGCCUUCACGCUGUUUUAUGUAAAAUUCAGAGCAGCUGCUCCCAAAGUCAGAACUCUUAUUGAGCAAGUAGAGCAAAGAUCUGAAAAAAUGCCAGAGUAUCAACAAGUUCUCAAUGAAAUCCAUCAAUGUUACCUCGAUCAGAGGGAGCUUUUGCUUGGUCCAAGUAUCGCCAGCACCGUUACAGAAUUAACCAGUCAGAACAACAGAGAUCAUUGUGCUUUGGUACGAAGUGGUUGUGCCUUUAUGGUCCAUGUAUGCCAGGAUGAACACCAGCUUUACAAUGAGUUCUUCACAAAACCAACACCAAAACUGGACGAGCUCUUGGAGAAGUUGUGUCUUUCACUAUAUGAUGUCCUGCGGCCGAUGAUCAUUCACGUUAUCCACUUAGAGACACUGUCUGAACUCUGCGGGAUCCUUAAAAAUGAGAUGCUUGAAGAUCAUGUACAGAACAAUGCUGAACAAUUGGGUGCAUUUGCUGCUGGUGUCAAGCAGAUGUUAGAAGAUGUACAAGAGCGUCUUGUCUAUAGGACACACAUCUACAUUCAGACUGAUAUCAUAGGCUACAAACCUGCUCCGGGGGAUCUUGCAUAUCCUGACAAGUUGGAAAUGAUGGAGCAAAUUGCACAGAGCUUAAAAGAUGAACAGAAGAAGCUGCCAUCUGAAGCUUCAUUUUCAGAUGUCCGGCUGGAGGAUCCUGAGUCCUGCAGUUUAGUGAAAUCUGGUUCCGCGGAAUCCCUUAAUCCCAGACACCAGUCCACGAUUUCACCAGCAGAUCUGCAUGGAAUGUGGUAUCCCACCGUCAGAAGGACUCUAGUGUGUCUCUCCAAACUGUACAGAUGUAUAGACAGGGCAGUGUUUCAGGGAUUAUCGCAAGAGGCCUUAUCUGCCUGCAUCCACUCACUGCUGGGAGCUGCCGAUUCUAUCAGCAAAAACAAGACCCAGGUUGAUGGACAGCUUUUCUUAAUAAAACACCUUUUGAUUCUUCGUGAACAAAUUGCUCCUUUCCACACUGAUUUCACCAUUAAGGAAAUUUCCCUGGACCUUAAGAAAACUAGAGAUGCAGCGUUUAAAAUCCUGAACCCUAAAACAGUUUCAAGAUUUUUUAGACUAAACAGCAACAAUGCCUUGAUACAGUUCUUGCUGGAGGGUACUCCAGAAAUCAGAGAACAUUAUAUCGACUCUAAGAAAGAUGUGGAUCGUCAUCUGAAAUCAGCUUGUGAGCAGUUUAUUCAGCAGCAAACCAAACAGUUUAUAGAACAGCUGGAGGAGUUCAUGACAAAGGUGGCUGCUUUAAAAACAAUGGCUACUCAAGGAGGUCCCAAAUACAGCCUUUCACAGCAACCUUGGGCACAACCAGCAAAGAUCAACGAUAUGGUCUCUUCCACUUACAAGACAAUAAAAACAAAGCUGCCAUCAACGUUACGAAGCAUGUCCUUAUACUUGUCCAAUAAAGAUACGGAAUUCAUUUUGUUCAAGCCAGUUAGGAAUAACAUUCAGCAAAUGUUUCAGAAACUCCAUGCUCUGUUAAAGGAAGAAUUUAGUAAUGAAGAUCUCCAGAUCAUAGCAUGUCCUUCAAUGGAACAGGUGAACUUACUUUUGUCGAUGUCCAAGUAGCCAGUGAGGCUACUUCAAACAAACUUCAGCUGAAUGUCAGACAGUGAAGGGGACGUGAAAGCAUUUGCUUGAAGUAAAUGAAGGAUCCCCCCGUGCAGUCCAGCCUGCAUUAAAACCCUCCAGGCUGUUUAGCCCUGUUUUAGGAAAAAGUUUAAAAAAAAAAAUCAGUUUUAUUGAUUUGUUAAAGGUCUUCCUAUUUGCUGGCUUGGGAAGGGGGGGGAGAAAGAAAACAAAACAAACCUUUUGCUGAUCACUCUUAUGGAAGCUCAGUUACUGCCUUCUCCAGAUAUUCUUGAAGUCCUGUUUUUUUAUGUAAAAUCCUUUCAUACUUUAAGCCGAUGAAUGGAGUGAAGAGAAGCACUUUCAAAACCACACUGGAAGUAAAGUGCAGGGAAUAAAAUGGGAGCAGUGGUAGGUAUUUGCAAGGCUUGGAGAUAAGCACGUUGAUACGACCGUUUGACUUAAGCAGGCAUGCUGCAAUUUUUUAACACCCCUGAGAAUCCUGAUAAUUUACCAAGUGCGUGAACAUAAUUCAGAGGUUUUUAGCUGGGAAAACUUUAUUUUCUACAUCUGAAGCGUUUCUUGAAACACUGGCUGUGCUGUUUUUUCUUGUACUCUUGUGAUUAAGAGCUGCGAGGCCUGACGUGAAGUUUUAUGCUCUAGCCUUACUCCAUGUAAAGAAUCUCGGAUUCUUGGGAUUUGCAAUGGAAAGCUGUGCAAUAUAAUUUCUGUUGUUUCUGAGGGAACUGCAUGUUUUCAGAUGCUUUACAGCAAAGCGUAGCAUUGAGAUUCUCAGGUACUUAGAGUUUUAGGUUAGAGGUGUUUUCUUUUUUUUGUGUGUUUUUUGCCAUACCCGAGAUCAACUGGUGGUGUUGGAUUAGUGAAAGUGGGUGCUGGGACUAGAAUUUAUACAGCCUCUGUGUGCUGGAGCAAAUGCUAGUGGGGGCAUGGAGGGGAUGCCAGAAAUGAAUGUGUAAGCACUGUCAAAUCAUCAUCGUUAGCAGGGGUUAAGUAUACAGAUACUGGUAAACAUUGUGAUGUGAUCAGUAGGCAUUAAUUGAACCUUAUUUCGGAAAGCUGAAUGCUAACCGCUCUGCCAUUAAUUGAAUGAAACACUAAAAGCAACUUUAGAGUAUCUCGGUGUGUAAAUCUUUAUUGUGCAGCACUGCGGAAGAAAAACAUGGUGAAGUACAUGGCAGACUUUCAACUCACUCGUAAAAACUCUCCUGAAAUUUUAAUUACGGAGACACUUCCAUGCACAUCAGUGGUGUUUUGAUUUAAUGUUUUUCCUGUUAUGAAUCACGUGGCUGGAGACUAAAACAGUAGGAUUUAAAGCUACCAAGAGAAGUGUUGCAGCAGUGGUGCUGAGGUACGUAAGUGGUACUCAUAGGACCUUACAUGACUCAUUAAAAUUAACUAAAGGAACUAACAAGGAAGAAAACCUGCCCUUUUUUUUUUUUUUACAUAUGUAGAAACGCAGGCUGUAAAAUACUGUCCAGUGCAUUGUAAUAUAUGUAUAUUUGUUUUUUUUUUUACAAAGUUUUACAGAAGGAUUGCAUGGUCACUGUACAAAGCUGUGACGGACUCAAUACAUUGUACAGAAGAGAUGUGAAGGGUAAACCCUUGCAGUAGUCACUCUUGUGAUUUGGGUCUUUUCUCUCCUAGAAUACCUAGACAGCUCUAGGUCAGCUGGCUGGAAGAUUAGCAGAGCAAUCAGUUUAUACAGCCUGUUUGCUAAAUGACCAUUUGUUUAAACAUGUACAGUUUCAGAUAUUUACGUUUACAAAUAGUGUAAAUACUUUCAAAAGAUUAAUUUAAGAUGCUUUAUAUUAUCUGACUAGAAACUUGCCGUUUUUAAUUUUUUUAAAUAAAAAUGUUGCCUCCUAUUUUGGUCAAAGAGUAAAGCUUUAUUCUGUAUCCCGAGGCUUGUCUGUCAAGAUAACUGUAAUACAGAGACAGUAAACACCCUAUAAGCACAGGCAGUGAGUACAUUGUUAAAAAGAAGUGUUCUUCUUUGGCAGUAAGAGAAAUGACUUUAUUUGGCACAGAUGUACACCUGAGUGCUGAGCGUACAGCUAAUUGUUGAAAUAAUCCCUCUUUAUGGUUAUAAUAAAGUAAAUUUGUAUUUUCUUUACUGACAAA